GCCCGGUCGUCAGCAGGUCUUGUGACUCUGCAGUCUUCUGUCAACAUGGACACAGCGCUGAGAUUCACUGUCCUGCUGCUGACCCUGUCCUUUGGUGCGGGGCUGCAGCUGAACUACAUCGAUGAUUAUGAGGAAGAGCCGAAGGAGGAGGACGUUUCUGCGGAUUCGAAAUACGGCUCUCUGUGGCCUCUUCCGCAAAAAGUGCAAAUGUCUGAGAUUUCAUUCAAGUUAACGAGCUCCAGCUUCAAAAUAGUUGACGCGAAAGAGUCGUCGGCUGGUCCGAGCUGCAGCCUCCUGAAGGACGCAUACAGGAGGUACUAUGAAUACAUGUUUGGCAGCUCCAAAAGGCAGCAGCUUAACAAAAGCAGGAGAACAGGCCCCUCGGAGCUGACGGAGCUGCAGGUGUGGAUCACAUCACCUGACUCUGAUUGUGACGGCUACCCCACUGUGACUUCUGACGAGUCAUAUGAGCUGUCAGUGGAUCAGCCGUACGCCGUCCUGAGGGCACCAAAGGUCUGGGGAGCCCUGCGUGGUCUGGAAACUUUCAGCCAGUUGGUGUUUGAAGAUGAUUACGGAGCUAAAAGCAUCAACGCAACACAGAUCAGCGACUUCCCCAGGUUUGCACACCGAGGGAUCUUACUGGACACCUCGCGCCAUUACCUGCCCAUCAAAGUCAUCCUCGCUAAUCUGGAGACGAUGGCGAUGAACAAAAUCAAUGUUUUCCACUGGCACAUUGUGGACGAUCAGUCCUUCCCUUACCUGAGCCGGACGUUCCCACAGCUCAGCCAGCAGGGAGCCUAUCACCCUUACACACACGUGUAUACCCCCGCUGAUGUGAAGAUGGUGAUUGAGUUUGCCCGUCUGAGAGGCAUUCGCGUUAUCCCCGAGUUCGACACUCCAGGACACACGCAGUCUUGGGGCAAAGGUCAGAAGGAUUUGCUCACACCCUGUUACUCCGGCGCCACACCGUCCGGCACCUUUGGACCGGUCAACCCCAUCCUGAACACCACCUACAACUUCAUGUCCCAGUUCUUCAAGGAGAUCAGCACUGUGUUCCCUGAUGCCUACGUUCACCUGGGGGGAGAUGAGGUGGACUUCAACUGCUGGAAGUCCAACCCGGACAUUCAGAAGUUCAUGGCUCAGCAAGGCUUUGGACAAGACUUCAGCAAACUGGAAUCUUUCUAUAUACAAAGACUAUUAAAUAUCGUCACCUCUACCAAGAAGGGCUACAUGAUCUGGCAGGAGGUCUUCGACAAUGGCGUUAAGCUCAAGCCAGACACAAUAAUCCACGUUUGGAAGAGAACCCAGCUGCAAUACCAGAAUGAGAUGGCAAAUGUUACCUCAGCAGGGUACCAGACCCUGCUGUCCACCCCCUGGUACCUGAACCGUAUCUCCUACGGCCAGGACUGGAAGGGCCAUUACAAGGCCGACCCUCAGGAUUUCAAUGGAACUGACGAACAGAAGAAGCUCGUAAUCGGUGGAGAAGCCUGUCUGUGGGGGGAGUAUGUGGACGCCACCAACCUGACACCCAGACUCUGGCCUCGUGCCAGUGCUGUGGCCGAGCGGCUGUGGUCUGCCAAAGACGUGACAGACGUCAACGACGCUUUCAACAGACUGUCUGUGCACCGCUGUCGUAUGGUGGAGCGUGGGAUCCCAGCCGAGCCGCUGUUUUCCAGCUUCUGCCCCCGCGAGUACAAAGGCCUCUGAGAACAAGCGGAUCACACACACAAAAAAGGGAAAAGGAAGCAAAUCCAUAAACAAUCAACUCAAUUACUGCCGGGGAAAUCACAUGAGACUCAUCAACCUUUGAUCACAUCCAAUGUCGUGACUUUAUGAAUGCACUCUUUGUUUUUUUAUGAAUGUUUCUAUGAUGAUUGUGAAUAAAAAAAUGUACACUUCUA